AUUUCUGGUCUAGUAACCUUGACAGAAACUUCUACACAAGCUGAACUGUGUGUCAGUGUAAUGAGGACAUUACAGGGCGGCUUUACAACCAGGCCCAGCAAGAGCUGUCUUGUACUAAGGUCGGCAACAAAAAUGGUUUCAGGGUUUCUUUCUUUACUCUUCCCCUGUAAGUAAUUAUGGAUUAUAAGAAGAAAAAAACAAAGAAACAUAUAAUGUCGUUGUUGAAAUGAAAGCUAUUCUUCAAGAUUCUUAUUCUUAUUGGAAGUUUAUCAUUUACAUUAUUUAUCACCAUCAGGAUGGAUAAAGUAUCAUGUAAAACAUCAAAACAACCAGCACCCAAUGUUGCUGUUUUAGAAUUUAGCCUGCAGCUGGUUGGAUCAUUAACAGUAAAUUCCUUGACUACGAUGCCCAUGCUUCCUUGGGUAGUUGCGGAGAUUAAGAGAAGAAGCCUUCAGAAACCCAAGAGUUUACAAAACAAUGAUCAGAUUAGGCUAUAUGUAUCAUCUACACGUAUUAGCUGUGAACCAGACCCAGGAAAAAACCAUCAGUGGGAUCCAUUGUUUUGCUCAAGCAUCUUUGAGUAUAAACCACAGUUCAUUCAGAAGCUGAUUCACAACAGUCACGACCCUAGUUAUUUUGCUUUUCUUUUAAAGGAAGACAGUACUAUAACUGAACAAAGCACGUGCUAUGUAUUCCGAUCUGAUGACCAGUCUAAAGUGCCUGAGAUAAUUGGCUCUAUCAGGCAAGCAGGAAAAUUAGCACGUCAAGAGGAGAUUCAGUCUCAUCUAUAUGAUGUGGAUGAUGCCUUUUCCAAAAAGUUUGAGGUUUUGUUUUGCGGCCGUGUGAUUGUGGCCCAGAAAAAUGCCCCUCCUUGUCUAAUAGACGAAUGCAUUGACAAGUUUAAUCACAUUAGUUGUACCAAAAAAAAGGAACUUGAGUCACAGCCUGAAACCAACAUUGGAAUAUUUUUGAGUGAAAAAUUUCGAUCCGUCUUCCAGUCAACAGUUAACGAAGAUGACAAGAACAAGCCAAUCCGCAAAUCUUUCUCCCAGCCAGGGCUGCAGACUACAGCUUCUUUUACAAAAGAAUGGAAGGACGGACGAUGCAGCCUUCCUUGUUCCUUUGAUGCAGAUGAAAUUUCUUUGGAUAUAAAGAACCAGAAUGGGGAGGGGGGGAACUAUGUGCAACCGACCGACAUGGAGCAGAACCAGACUAUGCUUUUCACGAUCGGUCAGUCAGAGGUUUACCUCAUCAGCCCUGAUACAAAGAAAAUUGUGUUUGAAAAAAGCUUUAAGGAGAUAUCAUUUUGUUCUCAGGGAAUCCAACAUGUAGACCACUUUGGGUUUAUUUGCAGAGAACCUUUGCACAAUGGAGGCUGCCAUUUUGUUUGCUAUGUAUUUCAGUGUACAAAUGAAGCACUGGUGGAUGAGAUCAUGCUGACGCUGAAGCAGGCCUUUAGCGUGGCUGCCGUGCACCAGAGUACCAAGACACAAAUUCAGCUGUGCGAUGCGUGUCCCAUGCAAUGCAUGCAUAAACUCUGUGAAAAAAUUGAAGGGCUUCCUCCAUCAAAAACAAAACUUGAAUUGCAAAAGCACCUUACAGUUCUAAACAAUCAGGAGCAAGCAGCCAUCUUUGAGGAAGUACAGAAAGUUCGUCCACGAUCUGAGCAGAAAGAAAAUGAGCUGAUCAUAUCCAAGCUUAGAAGUCUUUACGAAGAGAAACAAAGAGACCACACUCACAUUUUUGAACCAAAGAAGGUUUCUCAAAUAUCCGAUAAUGCACUAAAUGAGCUGCCUUGCAAUGCUCCAAGGUUCAGACUUGAAAGGCUGACGAGUAAGGCCAAGCGGUCGCUGACAGAGUCUUUAGAAAACAUUUUAUCAAGAGGUACUAGAAGUCGAAGUCAGCAGGAAAGCUCUGGGAGCAUAGAUGAUGAGAGUAUGGCAUGUUCUCCUAUAAAUUACAGCAGUAAGGACUCUUCACUGUGUGAAACAGAACCUGAAACACCUCCUGAUCUGCAUCCAAAGACCCAUGGAUCCAUGGGAGACUUGUCGAAGGACCCAGAAAACAAUCUCUGUGAACAUCCUGGUGAAUUAUCUCAUCAAAGCUUCCGUCGCCGGGCAAACACAUUGACUCAUGUCCCUGUCACAGCCAAGGAAUUUCCAGAGCCAAUUCAGAAAUCACCAUCUGUUUCACAGAGAAAGCUUAUGAGGCAUCACUCUGUGAGCACCGAGACACCGCACAAAAGAAAUUGGCUUCCAGAGUUUAAACCAAGUCUACAAAAGACCAUGACUGAGUUUUUGACGGCUAUCCCCAAACCCAGUAAGCGAAAAUCAGGAGAUUUACCUCACGCCACCUGUAAUACGCAGUGUUGUAUUCCCCAGGCUCAUUUACCACCAAGCUUACAAAGUUUUGACUCGGCUGAGUCUCUUUCUGAGGAUCGUACAGAACUGGGUGACAUUGUUCCCAGAUCCCCAUUACAGCCUGUUUGUGAAGACAGCAUAUUUGGCACUGCAGUAUCUGUAAGACACCGGACGCCAGAAGAGCUGCGAGAGCUUUGGAAGAAGGCGAUUAUACAGCAAAUUCUGCUCUUAAGGAUGGAAAAAGAAAACCAAAAACUGCAAGCUUCUGAAAGUGACUUGCAAAAUAAACGCCUAAAACUUGAUUAUGAAGAAAUUACUCCAUGUUUGAAAGAUGUGACUUUAGUAUGGGAGAAAAUGCUGAACACGCCUGGAAGAUCAAAGAUUAAGACUGACAUGGAAAAAAUUCAUGCAGCUGUUGGUCAAGGAGUACCAAGACACCAUCGUGGGGAAAUUUGGAAGUUUUUGGCAGAGCAAUAUCAGCUACGACAUCAGAUGCCAAGUAAAAAUCUAUUACAGGACAUCCCGUACAAAGAACUACUAAAGCAACUGACCACUCAGCAGCAUGCAAUACUGAUUGAUCUGGGACGCACCUUCCCAACACACCCAUAUUUCUCGGCCCAGCUGGGAGCAGGACAGCUGUCGUUGUAUAACAUUUUAAAGGCCUAUUCCUUGCUUGAUCCUGAAGUGGGUUACUGCCAAGGGCUUAGCUUUGUUGCUGGAAUUCUUCUGCUUCACAUGAGCGAAGAGGAUGCAUUUAGAAUGCUAAAGUUUCUGAUGUAUGACAUGGGCCUCAGGAAACAGUAUCGCCCUGACAUGAUCACUCUGCAGAUUCAAAUGUACCAGCUGUCACGGUUACUUCAUGAUUAUCACAGAGAUCUGUAUAACCAUCUGGAAGAGUAUGAGAUUGGACCCAGUCUUUAUGCUGCCCCCUGGUUUCUCACCAUGUUUGCCUCUCAGUUCCCUCUAGGCUUUGUGGCCAGAGUCUUUGAUAUGAUUUAUCUUCAGGGAUCAGAAGUGAUUUUUAAGGUUGCUCUCAGUUUGCUUGGUAGCCAUAAGCCUUUAAUUUUACAACAUGAAAACCUCGAGUCCAUUGUUGAAUUUAUAAAAAAUACUCUUCCAAAUCUGGGCCUGGUGCAAAUGGAAAAAACUAUAAACCAAGUAUUUGAGAUGGACAUUUCAAAACAGCUUCAAGCCUAUGAAGUGGAAUACCACGUGCUUCAAGAUGAACUCAUUGAUUCAUCUCCUCUCAGUGACAAUCAAAGAAUAAAUAAGUUAGAAAAGGCAAAUAAUACCUUACGCAAACAGAACUUUGACCUAUUGGAAGAGUUGCAGGUAUCACAUGGAAGAAUUCAAAUGUUAGAAUCUACCAUAGAAAGUUUACAAAGCAAUGAAGUCAAAUUGAAGCAGUCUUUGCUGACUUUAGAACUGGAGCGUUCAGCUUUACUUGAUACAAUCAAAGAACUUAGAUGUCAAAUAAAAAAACCGAAUGAGGACUCUAUUUUUACUGAGACAAAAUGAACUACAAAGUGAAUGGACAUGAACUAUUUCAUGACUUGCACAGGAUAAAUCACAGCACAGCAAUCAUACCCAGUAUUGGGUCGCAUGACUUUUUUAUAGCGUUAUUAGUAUUGCAUACAUAUUCUUCAAGAAAUAUAUCAAUGAUGCACCAUGGAUGAUGAAAUCCAGUUUACAAUAAUCUUGCUUCUUAGGAAGAAUUCAUAACACACACAUUUGGAAUGUUAAAAACAUUGUAAUAUAUAUGUAUAUUUUUAUUUUAACGUUUUAGGUGUUACACAUCCAACUUCUAUUUUAUUAUUGACAUGCAGAAUAUUUUUAUAUAAAUGUAGCAAGGGGGGAUGAAGGUAAUGGGAUUUCAGUAUAAUUUGGAUAAUGGAAAACAUUUUUUCAUCAGGCGUUUUGCUACAUUGUAAAAAGUGUGCAACCUUUGCACUGCCGGCCCGUACAAGUAUGAACAUUAGCAAUUUAUACUUUUAUUGAUUUUACAGCAUCGUAUUUUUAGAUCUAUUUGCAAUAGUUUUUAUGAGUAAGACUCAGGUUUAACUUUUCUUCUUUUUUUUUGGCUGCUGUGUUUUUAUAUUAUUAUUGAAAUAAUGCUUCAUUUCAUCAGCUUGCUGUAUUAUCUACUAAACAUUCACUGUAGCUCUUGUUUAAGUUAUAUUGAGGUGUUUUUUUCCUCACCAGACAAAUAAUUGUUAAAUUAUAUACAUUUAAUCUGGUUUCAUGUUCAUAAAAUAAACUCAUUCUUCUUAAAUUGUCA